AUGUUUUUUGGUUUUCUUUCAAGAAAUUUUAGAAUUCAAUAUCCAGAAGCAAGAAUUUUCGAUGAAAUUUACUUUGGAAACUUCACAAAUUACUACUUACGAAAUGAAUAUUUCUUUGAUAUUCACCCUCCUCUUGGAAAACUUAUAUUUGCGUUAUUCGCCAAAUUAUCAUUGGAUCCUGCAACGACAAAUUACGAAAGAGCAAUAUCAUCAUACACAGAAAAGUAUUAUAUUACAUUACGUAUGACUUCUGCGUCAUUUUCUUCUUUAGUUGCUCCAUAUGGAUUUGUUACCAUGAGAUUAUUUGGUUUUUCAUACAUUGCCUCACUUUUUACAGGAUUUUAUCUUGCAGUUGAUUUCAUGUUAAUCGUCGAAGGAAGAUUAAUUCUGACUGAUGGAAUUUUACACUCUUUUGUUAUGCUAGCAGUAUUUUUGAUUGCACUAUUACAUGCACAUCCUGAAUCAUACAUUGCUUUGAUAUUUGCAGGUAUUGGAUGCGGCUGCUGUAGUUCUGUUAAAUUAACUGCCUUAAGCAUUUAUGCUUUUGCGGCAUUACAACAAUUAUUGUAUGUUACAGGUGGAAAUGUGCUUAGAAUAUUCACAGAAUUCAAUCCAAGCGAUUUUAAUAAGAAAAAUCUAAAAUCAAAAGAAUUUUACAAGAAUAAUUUACCAGCAAGAUAUAUUUUACGAUUAUUUAUUAUCAUUUUUACUGGUAUUUUUACCACAUUUUCUUUGUUUUGUGUUCAUGUAAUAAUUUGUGUUUAUAAAGGGCCAGGAAAUCAAGCUAUGCCAGAUAUUUUCCAAGGAACGGUCAUUGAUAAGACGAGUUAUCCAGAUUUUACUGACCAUGUUAACAAAACUUCGUUAAUUCGAAGAGUUGUAAAAUUAUAUCGCUUCAUGCACCACUAUAACAUGAGAAUUACAUCACCACAUAGCGCACAAUCCAAUUGGUAUGACUGGCCGCUAUGCAGAAUGAAGUCAAUCCCAUAUUACACUGCAAAUUGGAUGAGUUUAGUCCUUACACCAAACUUUUUAGUUUGGUAUUCAGCAGCAUUGGGAGCAUUUGCUUCCCUUAUUAUAAGUAUUUGGGCAUUUGUAACAGGAAAGUGGAAUUUACUCUGGAUCUCGAUUUGGCCAUGCGGAUAUUUCGCCAGUUGGCUUCCAUUUGCAUUAAUUCCAGGAUCCUUAUUUGUAUACCAUUAUCUGGUGCCUCUUAUGUUCGGAGUUUUUUGUUUUUCAACAAGUAUUGAUAUUUUAUUCCAAAAUUGCAGAAUAAUAUCAUCUUGUUUAUUCUCCCUCAUGAUAUUCUUUGCAUUUGUCCUCUGGAUCUUCUAUACACCAUGGCUUUAUGGAAUGGUUGGUUACGAAUGGAAAUCGCGUGAAUGGUAUAAGGAUUUCUUUUAA